GUCCACUGCAACAACUAUUUACUAUUCCAGCUGAAAAUGGGCCAAUCUCCCUCCACCCCCAAGCCCGACACCACCAUCCAAGUCAUCGGCGCCGGUCUCUCCCGCACAGGCACUGCCUCGCUCAGCGCCGCCCUCUCCAUCCUCCUGGAGGGCCCCGUCUACCACGGCGGCACGCAGAUCACCCUCGGCCCGCCCACGGAGCUCCCGCGCUGGAACCACCUUCUUCGCACAUGGCUGCGCAAUGACACCGACCACACGCUGUCACUCCUCCACUCCCUCACCACCGGCUACGCCGCCAUCACGGACGCGCCCGCUUCACACUUGGUACCCGAGCUGCUUACGCUCUACCCGGACGCUAAAGUGGUCGUCACGGUGCGCGAUCCGCAGGCCUGGAGUCAGAGCAUCGACACGCUCUCCUCGGUUGUGGCCCCGUGGUUCUUGUGGGCCGUCCUACUGCCCCUGCCCGGGAUGCGACAUUUCAUGACCUUCAUCUCGUUGGUGAGAGCGCAGUGGGCGCGAGUCUACGAUGGCAAAGCGCAGGAUAAAGCGUGGGUCUACCAGCGCCAUCUGGAGUGGUUGAGGGAGGUGGUCCCGGCGGAUCGGUUGGUGGUGGUUGAUGUUCGGGACGGGUGGGAGCCGCUCUGUCGGGGCUUGGGGAAGGAGGUCCCCAAGGAUGUGCCGUUUCCCAAGAUCAAUGAUUCCAAGGCGAUGGAGCGGGCGGCGGCGCAUUACAUCAGGAAGGGUUUGAUGCGAUGGGCGGUGAUUACAGGGGUGCUUGUGAUGGGCACGGCUUGGUGGGUCAAAAGGGGGUAAACCAUGUUUUGCAAGAUUGGAACUGUGUUGGAGUCUGCAACAUUGGCGUUUGAGCAUGGGUAUCUGAUUUGACUCGCUUUGCAGAGCUCUGUUAUGUCCAGGAAAUUGCCAGACCGCGUGAGUGAGGGAUGGAGGUGUUCUCC